AUCAAUGGCCACAAACAGUCCGCUGAAUGUGGCCCAGCCUGCCACGGCGUCGGGCCAAAAGGGCAAACAGAGCAAUGGUGCGCUUGCCAUAUCGUGCGACAUCAUGGACGAUCUGGCCAGUCGAUUUAUCAUCAACGUGCCGGAGGAGGAGCGCAAAAAUUUGAUCCGCAUCUGCUUCCAGAUGGAGCUGGCACACUGGUUCUAUUUGGAUUUUUACUGUGCCGACAGUAAGCAAAAGUGUGGCAUGAAACAGUUUGCGCAGCAGAUGUUUAAGCACGUACCGUUUCUGCAACCGCACUGGACAAACGUGGACAGUGUGCUGGAGGACUGGAAGCAGUACAAGCUGACUGUACCGACGUACGGGGCGAUACUGCUCUCGGAGGACAUGAGGCACGUGCUGCUGGUACAAUCGUACUGGGCCAAAUCGUCGUGGGGCUUCCCGAAGGGAAAGAUCAACGAAAACGAGGAACCGGUCAACUGUGCGAUCCGCGAGGUGUACGAAGAGACGGGCUACGACAUCCGCAAGCUGAUCAUACCGACCGAGUACAUCGAAGUUAACAUUAAUUAUCAGUUCACCCGACUGUAUCUGGUGCCGGGUGUACCGCUGGAGACCGUGUUUGUGCCUAAAACGCGCAACGAAAUCAAAUGCUGCGAAUGGUUUCCGGUGGAUCUGCUGCCGGUAACGAAGCACGCCAGCAUCGUGAAGGACAACCACAACCUGUCGGGCAAUUCGUUCUUCAUGAUACUGCCGUUCGUGAAGCGGUUAAAAAAGUGGCUUGAUUCGUACCACAGCGGUAAAGGUGCAGGGAAGGGGAAAGGGACGAUGCUGCUGCACCAAGCAAAUAACUCGCCCGUGCUUGGACGCGAGUCGACGGGCAAACAGCAGCAGCAGGGACAGAAACAGCAGCAGCGUCAGCGACACAAAUCGAUGGGAGAAUUACAGCAACCUCAUCCUCCGAUUCAGAUACUGCAAAGGGGUAAGGGCAUGGCUGUUGGUACACCGAACGCCCAUCAGCAGUCGGUCGCAACAAACAGCACUGCAAACCGUACCCAGCAACAGCAACAAAAUCAAACGCCACGUGACGACCCAUACCGGUCCCAGCGUGCCGCUAGUGUGGCGAACGAAAGUAACAAUGAGUUUCGUUUUGGAAUCGGAGAGGCCGGAUCUGCAACGGCGAGCGGAACUUUACAGAUGCCUGCCGCAAGCCACACAAAUGAGCACGAAAGUAGGCCUUCCCUUUCAACGACUUCGAACGGCGGCCGGACGGAACGUGUGGUCGCAAGCCAAACGAAGCGGAAACUUUUUGCCAACGAGCUAAACCCACCAGACCAAACGCAACCAACAGCAGCAGCAGCAGCCGAAGCUGAUUACACCAGACAGGACAAUGAAACGGAUGACGAGACGGACGAAUAUAUAUUGGAUUGGAUCUACGAGCAAAAGCGUAUGGCUCAUCUCAAACGCGAUGUGGUGCAGUGGGUCACCUGGGGUUUAGACGCUGGACCGUUUGUGAUUCCUAAGUGUACCGGAAACUUAAAUUAA